GCAUCACUGCAGCUGCACUGCCUUCAGUUCUUCUUGUAACAGACAUAAUCAUAGUUCUGUGAAUUGAAGCGAAGUCUUUGACGUUAUCAUACUAUUCGGACACACGUCUGGGCAUACUACCAGGAAUCAGAGACAGCCAUGAUGAAUAUUUGGAUGGUAACAGCUGUCCUACUUCUGUCUUCAACCUAUCUUGUGACAGGACAAUUUCAAGGGGACCCCUACAGUAAUGACGGGUGCGGUGAAACCAGGGGGUGUUUUGACUGUCGAGAUAAUCUUGCAACGUGUGAAGUAAACGUCGCAUGGGAGCCCAACCCACAGGAGGGUGUGGUCAAAUUCACGCUGUGGGGAACCAAGGUGGCAGCCCAAGCCCAUGUAUCAGUAGGAAUAACACCCACUGGAAAUAUGGCCAGUGCUGAUGUGUAUUCAUGCAUCAGUGAUGACACUGGAUUGGUUAUGGGGAGAUCUUGGAAUCCCGAUGCUGGCAGGACUACCUCAGCAAGACCACUAAAAGGAGUGUCUGGUGAAGAGGUCAGCGUGGUGGAAGACAUGAUCCGUUGUCAGUUCAACCGUAUGAUGUCAUUGGAUGAUGGAGAUGAUGAGUUCUUUGAUAUCAAUAAUAUCAGCUACUUCCUCAUUCUAUCAGCGGGUACCGCAGCCGGAGGGGCAGGUCAAGGACACACUGGCGGGUCAAACAGAGGGUUUUCUGCAUCGGUCGACCUCACUCAGACCUUUUCAGUAGGAGCAGGAGAAUCGAGUGCCUACCUGAUGAAAUUACAUGGCUGCCUGAUGAUCAUAGCUUGGAUAUGUCUAGCUAGUGUAGGUCUCACCAUGGCACGAUUCUUCAAACCAAUGUGGCCUGACUCCAAACUCUGUGAUGUUAAAAUUUGGUUUGCUGUACAUCGAGCAUGUAUGGUUUUAGCAUUGUUACUGUUUGUAAUCGGUUUCAUCGUAAUAUUUGUCCAUGUGGGAGGAUUCUUGGAACUUGGCGAUGGUAGAGAGAGCCAUCGACGCUUCACCCAUGCUGUACUAGGAGUGAUUGUAACAGCUCUUGGUGUCAUCAAUCCUAUCAUGGCUAUCUUUAGACCCCACCCUGGUUCCCCCGAACGAUCCAUCUUCAACUGGGCUCACUGGGCUGUGGGAACCAGCGCAUUGAUCUUAUCAUUCGUGACGAUAGGUCUAGCCCUGGUGCCUAUCGCAGGAAUAAACAUACUGCCUAACCUUCAGGGCUAUACUUUCUGGGUUCUCAUCGGGUUCUGUGUGUUCAUGUUUGCCAUGUGGGUUAUCUUUGAAGUAGUCCGAUGUUCGACAGACAGUGAAGGUCGCACUAAUGAUAUCCCUCUGAGUGACAAAAAUGAUACUGUGCAAGCAGCUGAUGAUACAGGCCCAUCGGGUUCAAUGCUGAAGACCAUUCUCCUGUUCAUCUUCUCGCUCGGCGCUGUGUUUUCCACUGCUUUCCUCAUCAUCACCAUCGCCAUUGCCUGAAGGUCUGAGAGGCUAUCACCACAACCAGCCUCAAAAACUAUCCACAGUUCUCUUUUUUAUAUAUACUACACUGUAGUUUACAGUUCUGUGGGAGUAAUUACUAAUUACAGUUAUUUACAGCCAAUUAACAUGCAAGACAUUUUAAAUACAGUAUAUACUCGUUUUUAAGUAGCACAUCACCAGCUACUAAGCAGAUUCCCAAUGAUAUUGUAUUCACUAUUGUACGCAUAACUAUAUUUAAAAAAAAACCUAGAUAUGCUUAUAUAUAAUAA